UCCAACUCCAACACUUCUUCUUCUUGUCUUUCUCGAGCGUGUAGAGAAAGGGGCUGCCAACAGUUUAAUUAAAUGUUUUGUUGUGAAAACAUGAGACUAUCGAUGUUCCCGAACAGUUUUCCAAAUGAAGCGCGUAUCUGGACACUCGCACACUUCGUCAUCCGAAGGGAAAAGACGAACGUUUCGGAGGACUUUUUAUUUUUCAACAGUAACACGUAUGUCUGAAUGUUGUGCCUGCAUCAAAAUAACCACAAAAAUAAGAUUCCAAGUCAUUCAGAUUCCCAAAAUCAUAUCAACAUCCUCAAAUGGAAACAGCUGUCUGUGUGUCUGUGUGUGGUGGUGACUAUCAAGAGUACAGUGAUGGACCUCAAAAUCAUGUUCUAACAGGACAGCACUAUAGAAGACAGAACCAGACCAAUCAGUUAGAAGCGAGUGAGUGAGGGCAUUCACGGCCGACCGCUCAGACGGGUGAGGGCAUUCACAGCCGACCGCUCAGACGGGUGAGGGCAUUCACAGCCGACCGCUCAGACGGGUGAGGGCAUUCACGGCCGACCGCUCAGACGGGUGAGGGCAUUCACGGCCGACCGCUCAGACGGGUGAGGGCAUUCACGGCCGACCGCUCAGACGGGUGAGGGCAUUCACGGCCGACCUCUCAGACGGGUGAGGGCAUUCACGGCCGACCUCUCAGACGGGUGAGGGCAUUCACGGCCGACCGCUCAGACGGGUGAGGGCAUUCACGGCCGACCGCUCAGACGGGUGAGGGCAUUCACGGCCGACCGCUCAGACGGGUGAGGGCAUUCACGGCCGACCUCUCAGACGGGUGAGGGCAUUCACGGCCGACCUCUCAGACGGGUGAGGGCAUUCACGGCCGACCGCUCAGACGGGUGAGGGCAUUCACGGCCGACCGCUCAGAUGGGUGAGGGCAUACACGGCCGACCGCUCAGACGGGUGAGGGCAUUCACGGCCGACCUCUCAGACGGGAGAUCAUCACUUUUUCAUAGUCAUAUUCAGGACACAACAUGUGGCCUAACCAAGGUCCCCCUGGCCAGAACCCGGCCUUCCCCCCAGCCUACAACGCUGCAUUCCCUUCUGGUCAAGGCCAGAACCCCAUGUACGCACCUGGCACAAACCCUGCUUAUCCCCCCGGUAUGGCCCCCGGUAUGCCCCCUGGUAUGGCCCCCGGUAUGGCCCCCGGUAUGCCCCCUGGUAUGGCCCCCGGUAUGGCCCCCUGUAUGAAUCCAGCCAUGCCUCCAGGAUCCACGCCUUACGGACAACACCCGGGAGAGCAAUACCCAGGAGGACAACACCCUUAUCCAGCUGGACCAGGUGCACCUGGUUACCCAGGAGUUCACCCAGGGCCCUACCCUGGUGGGGUCCAUCCUGGUGGAGUCUACCCCGGGGGCAUGCAUCCCGGCAUGGCUGGGGGUGUGGCGGGAUUUGGGAUGGGAGUCCCUGGACACAAGGCGCACAAAAAAAUGAAGAAGGCGAAGGGGAAGAAGGCGCACAAAGCCGACAAACACCUGAAGCAUCAUGGAGGCCACAGGAAGCACUCUUCAAGCAGUAGCAGCAGCAGCAGCGACGAGGAGUGAUGUCACCAACAACAUCCAACACAGUGUCAGAAAAACAUCCUUGAAUGAAAUGGGAAAAUGGCCUCUUCUUCUACCUAAAUUGCAACGAGGUUGAAGGAAUGUGUUGGGAUGGGGGGGACUAUUAUUAAGAAUGAAAAAUUGAUUGGAAAAUGAUUUGAAUAUUAAUUGUAUAACACUAACAAAAGUAUGUAUAAUGAACACAAUUAUGCCUUCAUAGUCUUAACAUUUAGGGAUAGGCCUAUGAAUGUGUGCACAGUCAUGAGGAUAUGCACUAUCAUGUAUAAUAUUAUGCCUUUACACUGAUGAGAAGUAAUAUCUCAAAUGGUUGAUUAUAUUUCCAACUAUAAAUAAUAUAUAGGCUGUAGCUGAGCGAGUGAGAGAGAUGUGUGGAAUUUCCCCGGUAAAAAAACAAAUAAAUAUUUAUUUUAAUACUGGAA